AUGAAAAAUUUUGCCAGAAAAAGCGUCACAGUUCCAUGGCUCUAUGACUACCGAGGAUAUAUUAUUGUCGGACGGUCUGAGAAUGGUACUGUCCAGUUGUUGCAGUUUUUGGAAGGACUGCAAAAUUCGCGCAUGAUGACAGCGACGAUCGGGUCAGAUGCCGACAUCGACAUUUCUGGGACGCCAGUUUUUGCAAUGGGAUCGCUGCCAGAUGCUAGAAAAAUGAAUAUCGUCAGCGUUAACGACUUCAUUGCAAUCACCGACGAUAGGCUGCUCCAAACAAUGGAGCUUGAGAAUGAAGGAACUCAGCUUGCGAUUACAAUGGACGACGACGGAGAACUUCACUACAAUAUGGUACGAAUCUACUCAAUUACUCUGUAA